AUGGGGGAAAUAAAAGGUCCGCCCAGGGAGAGCCCCCUGUCCCUGGCCAUACAUACCCUCGCCGCGCACCAGAACUUAGUAUUGGAGGAAUUUUUUAUAGAGGUUAUCUUCCUCGCGGUCCAGGCGGUUAAGCCAAGACCCUCGUCCCGAGCGUCAGACCGUUCCCCGUUCGAUGGUUCCUGCUGCUCCGGCUAUCGGCCUGUGGACUCCGCCAGUCUUGACACUCCUGAUGAAGAUGAGAUGGAUCCGAUACCAAAAUACAGGGUCGUGCUACUUGGCGACGCCGGCGUGGGCAAAACAGCUUUAGUUUCACAAUUCAUGACGUCAGAGUACAUGAAUACAUACGACGCAAGUUUGGACGACGAAUUUGGAGAGAAAUCAGUAUCGGUUCUGUUAGAUGGAGAAGAGUCUGAGAUGAUAUUCAUUGAUCAUCCUAGUACUGAAAUGUCGGUAGAGAACUGUCUCUCGACGUACGAGCCCCAUGCUUGCGUGGUCGUCUACUCCGUGGUAGCCAAGAGUUCAUUCACUCGCGCUGCAGAACUCCUGGCGUACCUAGCCCGGGAACAGUUCACUGUGGAGCGGACUGUAGUUCUGGUCGGGAACAAGGCUGACCUGGCCAGAGCGCGACAAGUUUCUACUAAUGAGGGCAAAGCACUGGCGACAUCAAGAGACUGCAAAUUCAUAGAGACAUCAUCAGGGAUCCAGCAUAAUGUAGAUGAGCUAUUGGUUGGGAUCCUCAAGCAGAUUCGACUGAAAGAGAGCAGGGAUAAGAAACACGCCAAAAAAACUGGAAAGCAGGACGCGAAGCAGCCUAAAUUAGCCAGUUCGCGUACACACAUAUCGCUCAGCAUCGCAAGAGAACUACUGCAAAAGAUCUGCAUAAACGACAUCUCCAAAUCAAAGUCUUGUGAGAACUUGCACGUCCUGUAA